AAAUUGAGUUUUACACUUGUUUGCUGGCUGAUUUGUUAGUUAAACAAUAUCUGUGCUGUUAUUAUUUUUCUAAUUUUAUUUCAGAGUUGAAACAAUGAAGUUGGACUUGCAGUUUUGUGGCAGUUGCUUUCCGGACCCCAAUCGACACUUUCCGGAACAGCUGUCUCUGCCGCCAUGUCUCCACUACUUUGUAUUCCCAGCUGUCCCUUUCGUGAUGAUCAAUCUGGUCAUACUAGAUAUUCUACUGAGAAAGUAUGACUCCACGAGGGCAAUAAAGUUCAACUCGGUGCUCAUUGUUCAACUCAUAUCUACUCUCACAACAGUGUUAGUUAGUCUGGUCCUGACUAUCUCUGCUGCCGCGGACUUCCUGGCAGACGAAUCAAUCUACGCGAGCUCAGAACGGUUUCUAGGCUAUGGAUUGCUGACUAUGGCCAUGGUGGAGGUUGUGAUGUUCUUCUACUACCAGUACAAGAAGGGGUACUCAUCCACUGGGAGACUGUGGUGUUUCUGGUUACUCUCCAUUCUCUCCCUCAUACCCUCAUUUGUAGUCACGCUCAAUGUCAUUCUCAAUGACCAUGUUGAGAACAAGGAGUACGUGCAGAUGGGUUCGAUCAAUCAUGCCUUGUUCCUCGUGCUCUUUACAUUUUGUCUCAUCAACUUCUUCCUCUACUCCGCUCCAACUGUGGACUACGAAUUCGCCAAGAAGUUCCACCCGGAGGAGUAUGCUUCGUUCGUGUCUCAGUUGACAAUGUGGUGGGCCAAUGGCAUGAUGUACACUGGGUUUAAAAAGGCACUAGUCCUGGAUGACAUCUGGGCUGUAAGGGACGAAGACAGGUCUGAGGAGUGCACUAGGGUGCUGGCCAGACAAUGGAACAGAGAGCUCAGAGACAAUGGAUACAAGGAGCUAAUGCUUCAUAUCGACGACAACCAUCAAAAUCCCUCAGAUGAAAAAAUCCAUGAAAACGGAAAGGAAGACGAGACAGAUAAUUUACCAGAUGUCGAAAUUAAGACAGGAACAAAAGAAAAUGAAGGCGGGAAAGACCGUGAGCGCAAGGGGAAGCCGUCUCUUUUCUGGGCCAUGAUGAGGGCUUAUAAGGGACACUUGACAGUUACGAUGGCUUACAAGCUCAUCAAUGAUUGUUUGACCUUCACGGCGCCAAAAAUUAUGGAACUGUUCCUGGGCUACAUGGCGCUGGAUGGAUCGGCUGUCUACGGAGUCUCUCUAGCCCUGCUCCUUCUAAUCAACAACGUCAUGCAGACUGCUUUCCUUCAGAGAUACUUCUACGUGGGUACAAUUGUCGGAAUCAGACAGAGAACAGCACUCAUCGACAUGGUCUACCGCAAGUCUCUAGUUCUGAGCAGUCAAGGUCGUCAGGAGUCCACGAUUGGACAAAUAGUGAAUCUGAUGUCAGUAGAUGCGCAGAAGUUCAUGGAUCUCAUGACUUACAUCAACCUCCUGUGGAGUGCACCGUUUCAGAUCCUGUUGGCGAUGAUCUUGUUGUAUCAGCAAUUGGGCCUGUCUGCUUUUGCUGGACUCUGCUACAUGGUUCUUACGAUGCCAAUAAAUGUGGUGUCUGGUAAUACGCAGAAAAAGUUCCAGAUGAAACAGAUGAAGGCUAAGGACGGGAGAGUAAAACUGCUGACUGAUAUUCUGAAUGGGAUCAAAGUAUUGAAGCUGUACGCGUGGGAGAAUGCAUUCAUGAGCAAAGUGAAUAAGAUCAGAGAGUGUGAGAUAAAGUUUAUCAAGAAGACCAUGUAUCUGCAGGCAGUCACUGGAUUCUUUUGGAUAUGCGGACCAUAUAUGGUUGCUCUGUUUGCGUUCACUGCCUAUAUAUUGGCUGGAAACACCCUCUACCCAACCACUGCAUUCGUCUCUAUCGCCCUCUUUAACAUUCUGAGGUUCCCGAUGUCUGUGCUGCCGAUGAUCAUUUCACAGCUGGUGCAGGCCAAAGUGGCAAUGGACAGACUGACUAACUUCUUCCUCCUGGACGAACUGCAGACAGACGCCAUUUCAAGGGCACACACUAAAGGAAACGCGAUUGAGCUCAAAAACUGUUCUUUCAUCUGGGAUGUAAAUGACAAGAAAAAAGACGGCAAACCCAAAAAUGGGUCUCCACUUUCAGUCAAGUUUAAAAAAAGCAAUAAGGAGCAGGAAAACGGUGUCAAAUCGGAAGAAAUGGAAGAGAAAAAUUGCGAUGAAGAAGAUCAGCUGCUCACGACGGACAAAAAUCCGAAGGUGUCGUCGACCAGUAGAUUCACCCUGGACAAGAUCGACUUCAACGUGGAGAAGGGCUCCUUCUAUGCCAUCCUGGGAAAUGUCGGCAGUGGGAAGAGUUCCAUGUUGAAUGCCAUAUUGGGAGAGAUGAGGAAACAGUGCGGAUGUGCCAAUGUAGAUGGUAGCAUAGCUUAUGUGGGUCAGCAAAUGUGGAUUCGAAAUGCGACAGUGAAAGACAACAUUCUAUUUGGGAAGGAAUUUGACUCCGAGUUGUAUGAUAGGACACUAGAGGCUUGUGCAUUGGUGGAUGACCUCAAAAUAUUAGACAGUGGAGACAUGACUGAAAUUGGCGAGAAGGGCAUAAAUCUGAGUGGGGGUCAGAAGGCGAGAGUGAGUCUAGCCAGAGCAGUGUACUCGGACAGAGACAUCUACUUGUUAGAUGACCCUCUAGCUGCUGUAGACGCACAUGUAGCUGCUCAUAUCUACGAGAAAGUGAUAGGACCACAGGGCAUGCUCGCAACCAAAACUCGACUUCUGGUAACAAACAAACUUCACCUUCUCAGCGAAACAGACCAAAUUAUCAAUUUACAAGACGGCCAAAUCAAAGAAAAAGGUACAUAUUGCGAACUGCUAGACAAGGACACAGAAGACGAAUUAUCGUUCAAACAACUCUGUAAAGUUCAUUUGAACCAACAGCAAAUGGAAGAGGGUUGUGAGAAUGUCAAAGAUGGAAGAGAGGGCAAAGCUGAGGAUUCGGUGUCCUUGAAAAGUGCUGAGCAGGGGACGAAAAAAGGAGACAGUUUGGAUGACGAGAAUGAAGGUGAUGUUGGAAAAGUAGAAGGACUGUUAGAACGAGCCAGUAGGAUUUUCGGAGCAUCUCAGAAGAGUUUAGUUGAUUUGACCUCGGCUGAGGUGGCCGAAGAGAUGAAGGAGAUUGAGAUAGACAACAUGCACCAGCAAGUGGAAAGAAAGACGGAAACAGAAGGCGACGAUGACGUCAUCGCUGCAGACGAUAUUGAAGCAGGAGAAGAGGACAAAGAGGUUGACUCUAAAGAGAAGAAGAAGGAUUCAGCGGGGAAGAAGCUGAUGACCACGGAAACAGUGGAGAGCGGACAUGUGAGCAUCAAUGUGUACAUGCAAUACUGGCGCUCUUUAGGCUACCUCGUCAGUUUUCUAGGCGUGGCAGGUCUAAUCGUUAUCCAGCUGUUCACUUAUGUCAGCAUGAUGUGGGUCGCUAGGUGGUCAGACAACACUCAGGCUAUCAUGGCUCGAGUCAUUGGCCAGGAGGGGGAGGAGGGAAAUUAUACUUUGGAAAUGAGGAACGACCAGUUAGCAGAUGAGAAUUUCUGGGGGUUGAUGGUGUACGGUUUCAUUGGAAUGCUAUUUGGAGUGAUAGUGGUUGCCAAUGCGAUCACAUUUGCUGAGGGCAACAAGCGGUCUUCAAUCACUCUGCACAAAGACAUGUUACAUGGAGUGCUCAGGUCGCCACUCUCGUUCUUCGAAACAACUCCACUUGGCAGAAUCACAAACAGACUGAGCAAGGACAUAGACGUGGUGGACAAUGUGCUCACCGGUAUCAUCAAGACGUUCAUGCAGUGCAUCCUGGUGGUCAUGACCACUAUCUUCGCCAUAUCCAUGGCCAUACCAGCCUUCCUAGCAGUGCUCGUGCCACUAGUCAUAGUCUAUGUUGCAGUACUAAAAUUCUACGUAGCCACCUCUCGUCAGAUAAAGCGCAUAGAAUCCAUGUGGAAGUCUCCGCUUUACUCCAACUUUGGGGAAACUCUUCAGGGGUUGACAGACAUUAGAGCUUACCAGAUGAGCGACUACUUCAUAGGGAAGAAUGAGGAAUUGGUGGAUAAGUUGGUGAGGACCACUUUUGGCAACAUGGUUAUAAACAGGUGGCUGGCUGUGCGUCUGGAGUGCAUAGGCACAGGUAUCGUCUUCUCCACCGCCCUCAUUCUCGUCUUCUUCCGCGAGGGAGUGUCAGCUGGCAAUGCUGGAGUCGCAUUCACUUACGCCAUAUCGUGCUCGCAGGUGCUUAACUGGCUCUGUCGAAUGUGGUCGGAAGUGGAAAGCAACAUCGUGGCUGUGGAGCGUAUCAGAGAGUACUGCAAACUCAAACCAGAGGCCAAGUGGGAGAGCGAGGCGGGUGUGAUGCCUGAGGGGUGGCCGAAGGAGGGCAAGAUAGAGGUCAACAAUCUGGAGGUCAAGUACAGAGAGGACCUAGCACCCGCCCUCAAAGAUAUCACGUGCACCUUCAAUCCAUCCGAGAGAGUUGGAAUUGUGGGCAGGACAGGCAGUGGAAAGAGUACAAUGACCAUCUCCCUCUUCCGAAUAGUGGAGAACAGCAAAGGCAGUAUCACCAUAGAUGGUCUGGACAUUAAAAAGCUGGGACUGCAUGACCUCAGGUCCACUAUCACCAUCAUACCACAGGACCCGGUGAUCUUUGUGGGCACAAUUAGGGACAACCUGGACCCCUUUGGACUGUACAGUGACGAGCAGCUGUGGGAGGCUCUGGAGCUGAGUCAUUUGAAGUCAUUCGUGGCUGAUUUGCAGGACCAGCUCCAGUUCCAGUUUGGCGAGGGCGGAACCAAUAUCAGUGUGGGCCAGAGACAGCUGAUAUGUCUGGCGCGUGCCAUUCUGCGCAAGAGCAAGAUCCUGGUGCUAGAUGAGGCCACUGCCUCUGUGGACCUCUCAACUGACGAACUGAUCCAGAACACAAUCAGACAAGAGUUCAAACACUCCACUGUAGUCACAAUUGCACACAGGAUAAACACCAUCAUGGACUCCAAUAGGAUUUUGGUGCUGGAAAAGGGCUCAGUCAAAGAAUUCGGAACGCUCUCUGAACUCGCGGAGUCCAAAGGAUAUUUCCACUCUAUACUGGAAAAAGAGAACCUGUUACCAGCGGAAACAACAACAACCACGUCUUCAACGGCAUAGAAAAUUGAAACUAAAAUUUAUAGAAUCUUCUGUUUAUACAAAUGAUGUCACACAGUGAUUACUUAUUUCAUGCUAACUACUUACUUAACCCCGCUUUCAUCAGGUCACAAAAUAACUAAACAAAACAAACAGAACUCGAUUAAAUCUACAAAAGAACGUGUCAAUUGUAUAAUUAGCGAAAAAAAUUUAUCUUCAUUUCGAAAUCUGUUUGUUGAUAGGUUUUCGUUUUCGUUCCUCUUAGUACUACACGUUAGAUGUUUCGUUUUAUCCUUUUGUAGUAUAGAUUUCAGAAAAUGAAAAUGUGACUGGAAUUAC